AUGGCUGCUCAAGCAAACGUCGCCGACACAAUCAAGCAGCUGAAUGCUGCCCGGAACCUUGCCCUCGCCGACCCUGCUCUCUAUCCUCAAGUCGUCCCUGGCCUUCUUCGAAUCGUGGGCGCUGAUGCCAUCCUCGAAUUGAGAAGAUGGGGCGCCGACUUCUUCGCCGAAACAUUCGCAUCUCCCGUGCUCGCCCAGGAACACAAGCAGAGCUUAGGUCUACAGGUCCUGGACACACUCAAAGCUUUUCUCGAGCGCCCCAAUGAGGACACUGCCGUCAUCAAAAGCGUAGUUCAAACGGCCGCGAGCAUCUACCCUUUCAUCUUCCGCCAGACUGUCACAAAUCCCCAGGAUCCCUCACCAUGGCAAAAAAUGGCUGCUAUCAAGUCGAGCAUUCUGCGUAGGAUGCACAACGCUCCUCCUGGUAUUCACAUUUGCUCGGUCAAGUUCAUUCAGAGAGUGGUUCAGGUCCAGACUCCCGGCUUGAUCGCGGAUCCAAGACGGCCUGAACAAAAUGAGGUCUCUCUUGCUCUGGUCCCCCGCGAUCAUCCCGUCAUGUCUCCUUCUACAUUGGAAGCUGAAGCCUUGGGUUUGCUCGACAGGUUACUCGGCGUAUUGCAGGACAACAGCACCGAUGCCUUGCUUGUAACCGCUACUCUGAACAGUCUCGGUUCUUUGGUCAAGAGCCGUCCUUCUGUCGCCAACAAGAUCAUCUCAACCGUCCUCAAUUACAACCCCUUCAAGCUCGCUACCACAACACCUGUCUCGCCAACUCACAAGGUUAUGAUUCGAUCCAUGACUCGCACGACAACUGCUUUCUUGUUGAACAUCAUCAAAAAGAACCCCAACCACCCUCUCGCUGGUCGCAUUCAACAAUGUAUCGAGAGACUCAGACAUAUGCUUAUAGAGGUGUUCGAUGAAUCAAGCCGUAAGAGGGCGGCUCCUGCCGAGCCCACUGAUGGUCUGUCUGAGGCAAAGCGACAGCGUCUCAGUGCACAAGUGCCGCAGCCCAGUUCUCCGACUUCUCAGAUUCCGCCGCUACCACAAGGACCUAUCAGCCUUGCACAGCUUUUCACUCUUACGAGUGACCAGGGACUGCGGAACUUUGAUGUAAACGUGAUUCCUUCCAAUGUUGUUUUGAGCAUCGUGGCACCACUUUUGAAAUCUAUAGAUAAAGCCAAAAUGGACGCUGCUAUCAACGCUGUUCAAGUAAGAUACUUGUCCUUGGCUGCGAGGCCCGUCACGGCUUCGAGUGCUGCUCAAGCAGUUACAGGUACUGGCCCCGCUCAGACCGACGAAGACGAGGACUAUGAGCCUGGUAUGGAAAGUACAGACCAAAUCACCAACAAUCUCGAUCAAGCUCCUCCAGAAAACGACCGAGCUCCGGUGUCUUUGGGACCGUUCAAUCUGCCUCCACCACCGCCAUUGACUGCAGAACAGACUGCGGAGUAUAGCAAAGGGGCUGUCAAUCGCGUAUUUGGCACCUUGAGCGCAAUGGACCAAUCUGCACCGAGUAAAACUCACAAACCUGGGUUCAAUCGUCUCGCGGCAGCCAGCCACGAUCGAGAUGCCUGGAUCACGAUUGUCACUCGUCUUGCCACACGCGCUCCUGCUGGACUAGAUGAUAGCAAGCUCAAGUCCGAGUCGAGCAGUCUAUCGAAAGGCAGGUUUUCACUUAAUGACGCCGUACGGGAUUCAUUAUACUUGUAUGUCGUCGAUGAUUUCCGAAAACGCAUCGAUGUUGGCAUCUCCUGGCUCAACGAGGAAUGGUACAACGAUCGUAUACAGAAGCAACAAAACGAGGGAGCAGAGUAUAUUCCGGAGCACUACGAGAAGUGGAUGCUCAAGAUUCUAGAUGGAAUCGUACCUUUCCUGGACGCCAAAGACAAACUCCUCAUCAGGUUCCUUUCAGAGAUCCCCAGCAUUAACCAAGAUGUUCUCAAGCGGGUAGUCAGGCUUGCGAAGGAUCCAGAGAGAGUGCAACUUGCGGUUCAAGCGCUACAUUAUUUGAUUCUGCUCCGACCACCGGCAAGAGAGAUGGCACUCGAUGCUUUGGAAGAUCUCUACAGGAAUUACGACGAGUCGCGACCAUUGGUGACGAAAAUCAUGCCUAAAUUCCGACCAGAAGCGUUUCAGAAACUGCAAGAAGCGGUGGCAGCCUAG